AAGUAGUGCAUUGGAUAUUUUCAAAUGAUAAACCGCCUUUCUCGUAACCUAUAAAGCUGUUAGAUUUUGAACAGAAAUUUAGGUUAUUCAUUGUAUUUUGUGUUAGAUCUUUAAAAAUUAUGACAGAAACUCAACAAAAAACAAAGUGUAUUACGUUGAAAGGUUCAGCAGAGUUGGUUAAAGAAUAUCUUCUUUAUGGAGUAAACAGUAUUUUAUACCAAAGAGGUAUUUAUCCGCCAGAAACAUUUGAACAUGCUGAACAUUUUGGUUUAUUCGUUUUAAUGUCGACGGACGAAAAGAUCAAAGGAUUCUUAAAUACUGUUCUUGGUCAGAUUCAAGAAUGGCUUAUUCAACGAAAAGUACAAAAGAUAACACUUGUUAUAACAAAUGUAAAUACCAAAGAAGUUUUAGAGAAAUGGGAUUUCAAAGUGGAUUACGAAGGUCAGACUUCUAAUACUACUAAUGACAAUACGAAUAAUAGCUUUCCGGAAGUGGGUACAAAGGAUGUAAAAACUAUACAAAAGGAGAUUCGUGAAGUUAUACGUCAGAUCACAGGUACUGUAAGUUUUCUUCCAUUAUUAGAUUGUUUAUGCUCAUUUGAUAUUUUGACUUAUACGGUACCUGACUGUGGUAUUCCUAAAGAAUGGGAUGAAACGCAACCAGUAUUUAUUGCGAACAGUCAAGAAGUACAGUUAAGAUCAUUUUCAACUUCUCUCCAUAAGAUGGAUACCAUAGUUAGCUAUAAGAAUGUUUAGAAACGUCUGGAGAAACGUUUUACGAGCCCCGUUGGCCCCCUUCUUCUUCCUCUUCUUAUUCUUGUUCUUCUUCUUCUUCUUCUUCUUUUUCUCCUUAACGAGUAACUCGGCCAUCGUUGUCGUCCCCUUCGCCUUUAUUAUCAACGCGCUUGUGUUUUCCACCCUUACCUCCUUGGCCAUUCUCCGUCGGCGAUCGUUUCGCCGAGGCCAAUCGAGGCCGAUAUUACGAUUCGACGACGGUGCACCGAAAAUGCAAUUACUCGCCCGAUGUCGAGGCCGUAACAAUUCUUACGGCGAUGCUUGCCGCGAACUCUCCGUUAAUUAAACUGCCGCCUGAUUUCUUCAGCCUUGGCUCGGUAAUAACACAACCACCACCCUUGUCGCGGAGAGACCGAAAGUGGAGCCGCAAACGACUCCGUCGACCAAUUUCCCACCCGGUUUCGACGAUUUUCCCUUAAAAAAAAAAAAAAAAAAACCUCCCCCCGUCUACGAAGAACAGAACGUAUGGAUCUGGAGUUCGACGUCUCGAUCGAUCGGCGCAUUUGGACGCGCGCGCGCACAUACACACACACAUACACACACACGCGCGCGCGCGCGCGCUGCUCAAAGGGAAUACAAGGAAUACUUUGUACAAGAGCGGUCCUGGACGCGUCUGAACGAUACGCGUUUCGACGAACUGUCGCUCGAAAAUCGAGGAGCGUCUUUUUUUCACGAUUGAUUUCGCCCCGGAUUUGGAACACCUGCUCGUUCCUCGAGGCAGUUGUUCCCGCCGUACAAAUUAAUCGCGGCUCGGCUCGAUGACCUCGAUUUAAUCUUGCAAACGUUAGGGAAGAAAAUUCUUCUAGACAUAUCUGUACAAACGAAUACGACGAGGUAAAUUUUUCUGAAAUUUGCUGAACUUAAGCGCGUCAAUUACGCCCCUGCCUCGAAGACUGUUAAGUCGCCUCGUGGAAAGACUCGUUGAUCCCGGAAAUCCUAUUACAAGAUCCGGGAUCGACCGUGUCCUGCCCUUUCUUUCCUCUGCAAUCCCGUAAAACGAAAUCGUCGCGUCCACGUGGUGUUUCUAACGAUCCGCACGUGCUUGCGGAUAAGGUUUACGACGUCUUCUUCCCUGCUCUUCUCUUCCCCUCUCCAAUUCUCUCUCUCUCUCUCUCUCUCUCUACCUGCCGCGUUCUUUUACCCCCGGCGAUAUAAAUCGUCCCCAACGAGACGAGAAAGAAAAAAGAAAGGAAAACACGGAUUUGCGACUCGCUUUCAAGAAAGAUUCUUCGCAGGGAUUCUAAUGUAUAUAAAAAACGUCGCAAGAUGACGCCCCCUCCCCCCUCUUGGGAUGGGAAUGGAAACGAACGCGGGAGGAAAAUCGAUACGACUUCUGCGAUUUCCGCGUUUGCGAAUUUCAAGUUUUAAUUUUCGAUACGCGUAAAUGAUUGACGAGCGAGGGGAGGGGGAGGAUCCCGGGAGAGAAAAUUAAACUUGUUGGAACAGACCGCGCGAACACGGCCGAAAAAAAAAAAAACAUAUCUCCGUAAAUGCAGUUUACACUCAUGGGACUUAAAUUUGAUUUGGCCACGAUAGUUUUGUCGAUGGCGCGUUAGUUCGCGCGGCCAACGUUUAUCACGUUUCUCGCAUUUUCGAGAAUGGGUAUCGAGCGAAAAAGAGAGGGAUUUGAAGAGAAAAAGAGACGGCCGAA